GUGAAAGGCAGUAAAGGCGCUGGGAGCUCGGAGUGUGGCGCGGAAGUGGUUUAGUCGAUCCCUUGCGCGUUGCGCAAGCGAAAGAGAAUCGGAGCCCCGUCGUAAUCCAGCUUCCGGGCAUAAUCUAGAGGAUCGUGCCCUGGAUCGUGACUGUGUGAGUGCUGAGGAGAUUGUGAACGAAAGUGCAUAGGUGCAUCUCGAGGAAAGUUUGUUACGCGCAAUUGCACAUCUCGCUCGGUCUCUCGCGAUCUCUGUCCCGCUUGUGGGCUUGAGGAAAGUAAGAGCGCGCGUAAGAGCAGCUCGAAAUCAAAACAAAACCACACAACAACAAUCAGGACGAACCCGCGUUUGCGCACGUCACAUAUUGUUUUAAGUCGCGAAAAGCCGCGUGUCGAAGUCGCAAGUGAAAAACGUUCAAGUUGCGGUCAACAGCUGUGUAGCGAGAAAAACGAACGAACGGGUGUUAAACCGCGACCAACAACGGUCACAACAAUGGCGGAAGUGAUUGACGUUGCCGGUGGCAGCCGCAGUGGUGUGACUAACAAUCUGCUCGAUGAUACCAAUAGGAAGAAUGGCGCCGUCCGGGUGCAGAUCGUGCCGUCGCAGCCGAAGACGUUGUCACAUCUGCCGCUCCGCCCGCCCGUCGAUCUGGCCUUCCACCAGCUCACGUACCGGGUCAAGGAAGGACGUCGCAACAAUGUAAAAACCAUCCUGAAGGAGGUCAGCGGCAAGCUGCGCUCCGGGGAGCUGACUGCCAUCAUGGGACCAUCCGGUGCUGGCAAGAGUACCUUGCUGAACAUCCUGUCGGGAUACAAGACCACUAACAUCGAUGGAUCGAUAACGAUGAAUGGAAAGGAGCGUAACCUGAGCCAGUUCCGCAAACUGUCCGCGUACAUCAUGCAGGACAAUCAGCUGCACGCGAACCUUACCGUCGAGGAAGCGAUGAACGUGGCCGCGAGCCUCAAACUUAGCCAGAAGGUGGAGAAAAGUGAGAAGCAACAUGUGAUCAAAGAGAUCCUGGAAACUCUCGGGCUGGAAGAGCAUCGUCCGACCCUCACCCGGAACCUGUCCGGGGGUCAGCAGAAGCGCCUGUCGAUCGCGCUCGAGCUGGUCAACAACCCACCGAUCAUGUUCUUCGACGAACCCACAUCCGGUCUGGAUAGUUCCACCUGCUUCCAGUGCGUCAGUCUGCUAAAGUUCCUGGCCCGCGGAGGACGCACCAUCAUUUGCACCAUCCACCAGCCGUCGGCUCGUCUGUUCGAAAUGUUCGACCAACUGUACACGCUGGCCGAUGGACAGUGCGUUUACCAGGGAAGCACCCGGCAGCUGGUCCCGUUCCUGGGUACGCUCGAUCUGGACUGUCCGUCCUACCAUAAUCCGGCUAGCUACGUGAUUGAGGUGUCCUGUGGGGAGCACGGUGACCACACGCGCAAGCUUGUCAACGCGAUCGAAAACGGCAAGAAGGAUAUUCGAUCGGAGCUGGACUUCCCGGCGCAGAAGAACAAGAAGAAUGAAAAUGCGGCCAACGGGAAUGCCAACCUGAAGGUGAACUACGAGCGGAUGAACGGAGGGGCGAACAAGUACGCGGACAAUCUGAACCUCGGCGGAAAUGCGCUGCUGCCGCCGUCGAUGGUGAACGAUAUCGCGAAGGAUACGGAAACGAUCAGGAUUGCCGUCGAGCCGGAGAAGGAACCGGAGGUAAACAGUGCCCUGCUGCCGGUGGAGGGAUCGUUGGAUGUGGAUCCGUCGCCCGAACGCUAUCCCACCUCGGAGUUUCACCAGUUCUGGGUUGUUCUGAAGCGGACCUUGCUGUUCAGCAGACGUGAUUGGACUCUGAUGUACUUGCGUUUGUUCGCCCACAUCCUGGUUGGCUUCCUGAUCGGCACACUGUACUACGACAUCGGCAACGACGGUGCCAAGGUGUUGAGUAAUCUUGGAUUCCUGUUCUUCAACAUGCUGUUCCUGAUGUACACGUCCAUGACAAUCACGAUUCUAUCAUUCCCGCUCGAAAUGCCCGUGCUACUGAAGGAAAACUUCAACAGAUGGUACUCACUGCGGUCAUACUAUCUUGCGAUCACGGUUUCGGACAUACCAUUCCAGGCGAUCUUCUGCGUGUUGUACGUAUCGAUCGUAUACUAUUUCACGUCACAACCGCUCGAGUGGUUCCGGUUCGCCAUGUUCCUCGGCUCCUGUUUGUUGAUCUCGUUCGUGGCCCAGAGCGUCGGGCUGGUGGUUGGUGCUGCGAUGAACGUCCAGAACGGAGUCUUCCUGGCCCCGGUCAUGUCCGUGCCGUUCCUGCUGUUCUCCGGAUUCUUCGUGUCGUUCGAUGCCAUUCCAAUCUACCUUCGGUGGAUCACGUAUCUGUCGUACAUCCGGUACGGUUUCGAGGGUACGGCGCUGGCCACCUACUCGUACGGUCGCGAAAAGCUCAAAUGCCACCAGGUGUACUGUCACUUCAAAUCGCCCUCGACCACGCUCGAGGAGUUGGACAUGUUGGACGCAAACUUCACACUCGACAUCGUGGCCCUGAUCAUCAUCUUUAUCGUGCUGCGAGUGGCCGCGUUCCUGUUCCUUCGCUGGAAGCUGAAGACCACCAGAUAAAACUCCGGACUAAUCCGGGGAGAGAGGACGUAGCGUUAAGCCAAAGUAGUGUGUAAGAGAUUUUCAUUUUUCUUAUUGCCGAACCAAAAAAAUACUAAAACGAGUGCGAAAACCUGCCGGAGCAUGUACCGGAGAUUAGUGUGACUUUGCCGGACCGGAUGUGAGAGGGUGGAAGCGGCGAACAACAUAUCAGACACGAUCAAUCUAAUUGCAGAAACCGGAAACGUGAUGCAAUGAAUUGGUGCCUUGGCAGGACGAAUUUCCACAACAUAUCUACAGCACACACAAAAAUGUCGUACGGUUAUCUCUCUUUGCAGAGAUUUUUGAUACCUUUUUCUACAUUCUCUGCCGCCUGUCUUUCGACUAUACAUUUUGUACGUUAGGCUCCAGCGUUGAUAGUGGAUAGAGAGAAACGGGGUUUCUUGCUGUCGUUGAAGGGAAAAUGAAAAUACGGCCACUAUAUGUGAUAACAUUUUACCGAAAGCAAUUAAAUGGUUAAACACAAACACACAGCUUAUUUUGUACAACGAUGAUACAAACGAUAAACAAUGGGGUUUA